GCAUUUCCUGUUCGCGCUAACAGUGUUGCGCACUGUGUGAAACUCUCGUCCGGGGUCCCAAUAAUCUAGCGUCGCGCGCAGCUCCGAACGUCGCUUUCGUCACGUGCGCGCAAGCCAGCCGCGGAAUUCCUUCCCGCCGGUGUACAACACGAUGUUUUGAGACGGCGCCGUCUAGCCUCAGCUGUUUUCUAUCGGCAGGAAACGUUCCGCACUGUUUUGCGCGAGGGACGCCCUCCGGUCGCCCCUGGGCCAAUCGCUCGGAUGCUGCGCAUUCAAAAAUAGCCGCGGUGCACGAGGCGCGCUCACGUGACUGCGAGAUAUCGAUUGCUCAACACUGCUGCGCCGAUAGCGCGGGGGAGGGCUCGCUCGCUCGGUGCUGCAAGCGGGCCGACAAGGCUGGAGAAACGUGACGUGAUAAGGAGACGCCUGUGCCUGGCGCCGCCGCCUGGACACCGGGCUCAAUAAAGCUUCCGCGAUAGUCGCUGGUCCGGAUUCCGCCACGACCCCUUGGCUCACUCCUGGUCCCUUCCCGGUUCCAUUCCGCUCAUGCCGGCCCCCCGAAGGAAGGCAGCUCUCAGGAAUUUGCUCCGCCAGUGCUGCAGAAUGGCUACGGAUCCGACAUUGGAGGAAAAGUUUCAAGGGUGCCUGGUCGGCGGGCUGCUCGGCGACUGCCUCGGUGCGCCGUUCGAAACGGACCUCGCGGGCUCCAACGUCCCGGACCAGAAGACCUUCUUUCAGAAUCUGCUGAAACACGCCGUUGUGGCCGGUGCCCAGCCGGGCCGGAACUUUCAUCCGUCCAAAGUUCAUCCAGGGCAUGGCGAGUACCAUUACACGGACGACAGCGCUAUGACGUUCUGCCUCGCGAGGUCUCUCCUUGCCAAGGGGAAGUUUGACCCUCUGGAUGUGGCCAAACGGUUCACGGUCGAGUAUUUCCAGAACGAGCUGCUCGUGCAAGAGUACGGGAAUGCCGUGAGAGACGUGUUUCGCAAGUUGAAGAACAGCAACUACGCGGACCCGUACAAGCCGGCGACGGAGCAGUUUGGAGGCCGUGGCUCGUACGGCAACGGCGCCUCCAUGCGUGUCGCUCCCGUCGCCCUUUUCUACCAGAAUGACCUGGAGAAGAUGGUCGAGGUUGCAAGGAGCCAAGCGAAGCUCACCCACAGCAACAAGACCGGAUACAACGCGGCCAUUAUGCAAUGCAUGGCGAUCGCUAUAGCGCUGAAGAGCAAUCCCAAGACUCCUCUGGAUCCAGUUGCCUUCGUUGACUACCUCAUAGCCUUCAUGGACAAGCUGGAGGAAGCGACGGAUGGCUUUAAGCCACUCUGCUUUAAGCUGAUGCUCAUCAAGAAGAUAGUGUCUGACCCUGCCCAAGACCCGACCCCUGCAGAAGUAGCCAGGAUGUUGGGCAACGACAUCACAGCGCAGGGUUCUGUGCCUACGGCCAUCUACAGCUUCCUGAGAUCUCAGAGACCCCUAGCGGACUUUGAGCACGAGAGUCCGUACGUGAGGUGCCUGUACUUCGCCAUUGCCUGUGGCGGUGACUCGGACACGAUAGCGGCGAUGGCGGGCAACAUUUCUGGCGCCAGACACGGAAUCUCGGUCAUCCCGGGCGUCUUGCAGCGGCAGUGCCAGGGCGUGGACGAGAUGGCUCGGUUAGCGGAGAGCAUCGAGGAGGCUGUCUCCAAGUGACCCUGGCGACCACGGACCUCGCGUUCCACGGGAUGAGCACGCCGAAGUUUUACCCCGAUGUACGGAUCUCACAGGCGGAAUAUACGGGGGCGCGGGAACCAGCACAUUUGGCACGCCUUGCAAAAUUUGAAUUCCAAACGUACAUACCUGAAAUUGGAAGCGCGAACGUCGUUUCGAGAAAAUGUUUUAAGUCUAUUUCUUUCUAAGCUCAACUCACAUGAGGUGAUUUUUUUUUUUUAGCUAGAGUGAGAAAACGGUUUGUUUGUCGUCGGCGCACUGGUUUGCAGGCUCGCUCCCAGGUGGCGUGCUGAACGCAAAAACCCGGAGAACGCCGCAGGACAGGCUAGCGACGAGCGGGAUAAGCGCUAUAAAUAAUGAUUUUAACGAAAUGUAUGAACGGUUAUGCAGUUUCCUUUUGCAUAGAGAAACUAGCUAACUUAGAGAAAAGUAACGGUUAGAUCUAGAUAAUAAAACCUAGUGUUUCGGGCCACAAAACUAAACCACGCCUUUCAAAAAGCUGAACCUCCAUCAAAAUGUGAUGCUAUCGGUGGGGAUUGAAUAUGAAAGUUUGGGAACAUGACGUUACCUGGAUCAAAAUAUGAGAAAGAGAGAGAGAUAGAGAGAGAAACAAAAUGGUCUGUAAGCCGACGUCCACUUAACCCUAAUUUUGUCGAAAGGGGAAACGACAUUAUGGGCGCCUGUGGCAUGUAUUCUAGGGAAACGAACUUGUCAGCAAGAAAAAAAACGAUAUUAUCUUCCUUGCUGACAAGUUCCUCCUUGCUGCCUUUUUUUUUUUUGCGAAAAGUCGUUUGCACGCUAUAAUUUCGGGUACGUACAUUUGGAAUAGACUUUUUUCAAAACUCGAAGCGCAGCAUCGCCUUGUAAUGCCACGUGAUGCAUUGGGGAAUCAGUGGGAAGCAAGCUCCAUACGCGCUCCGCUCCUCGCCCGCGGGUUCCCAGAAUGCGACGCGCGCAGUGACGGAUUUAUGGAAGUCGUCUCUUCUAAUGCUCCUAGGCAUUCCAAAUGUGGCGGUUUUCUUUUUUAUCUGAAUAGUGUCCUCGCCGGCGGGUGGAGGUCGCUUACACACUUGCCGCCACUGUGUGGCUUCAAUUUGGUUUGUUUCGGUUUCAGCGUGCUCGCAGGUGUGUUAGAGUUUCAUGUAAUUUUCGCUUAAUUUUGUGAUACAAAUGUGUCCGUUGUAGCACACAACUUAUGAAACAGUGCUGCUGAGCCACUUUGAGAACUACAAAGCGGUUUCGAGCCGAAAUUGCGAACUUCUGUAACACCUUACGACGCGACUUGUCAUGUUUGUUGUUCAUUCUGGCCAGAUUCAACGGCAAAACGCCUGAACUGAUGCACAGGUGGAUUACCAUCGCGUACCCACUGGCACUAUUUUUUUUCCUUUUUUU